AUGUCUAGUAAUGCAUAUAGACCUAGUGAGUGUAACAGGUUUCGUAGUACAUCCUCAACAGAUAAGUUACAAGAUGCAAGACAAACACGGUCGUGUUUUACGCGUUUUCAAGAGGUGCAUACAAAGGUGAACUCUGAAUCAGUGAGCAAGUUCAGUGAUAAGCUAAAUGUAAACUCCAGGCCUGACUCCGAAUUGUGUGACGAUAACGUGUCACAGAAUAGAGUUGCUGCUUCAGAGUGCAGUUCUGACCCUACAAGUUUACAAGGUAUUACUAGUCAGAGUGAAGUUAUAAAACAUUUUAGGAUUUGCGAGGAGGAACCAAAAUUGUCUACUUCUGUUAUUAAAGAGUUUGAAAAUGAUGAAGUUGACGGUAAAGUGAAUAUUCGUGAUAAUGAUCAUGAUACUUCACAGUUGUCUUUGGUUGAUCAUGAUGAGCUGAUAGAUAUGCCUACUACUGCUGAGUUGAACAAAAGUUCUGUACAACUUGAACGUGAAGUGUAA